CAUCAUUCAAACCAACAUGCAAAAAUCGCCUUUAAAACCCUAAUUCUCUCCCCAAAAAAAAAACUUUUAGACACAAAUAAAUGGAAAACGAAGGAAACGUAGGAACGGCAAGCAGUUCAAGAUGGAACCCAACGAAGGAUCAGAUAACGCUACUAGAGAAUCUUUACAAGCAAGGGAUUCGAACUCCGAGCGCCGAUCAGAUUCAGCAGAUCACCGGUAGGCUCCGUGCGUACGGCCAUAUCGAGGUGGGUUGUGUUAGUCCGUACUAUUUGCAGCAAGUAGGUUUGAAUCAUCAAAAUGGAAGUGUAUACACGAACGGCCUUCUUCACAGAAACAAUGUAAUGAUUCCAAGUGGUGGCGACGAGAAACGGAUAAUCACAGAACAUAAGAAACAACUGUCAGACACAACAACAACUAGAAUGCCAAUGUCUUCGAGUUCACUCAGAUAUGACAGGUUUGCCCUUCGUGAUCACUGUUAUUACGGUGAGGGCAUUAACGGCAAUUCCAGUGGACGGCAAACACUCCCUCUUUUUCCACUUCAGCCUUUGGAUGCGACCAAUGACGAUGGUGUUGGAAAUUCCAGUUUUGCCCUUGGUAGUGAUUCUCCGGGGGAUUGUUCUGGCGAUGGCGGUGGCCGAGAGCAGCCGUUUAUUGACUUCUUCUCUGGUGGGACUAGUCGUUUCGAUAGUAGUGGAAAUGCGUUGUAACGAGGGGUUAAUGAACCAUCCCUAUAUUU